AUGAACCACGCCUUCAUAAAACAGCUCCAGAGGACAGGCGCCGAUUUGUUCUUGGUUUAUGAAACCCUGGAAGCCUCGGAGAAGGCUGUCUACAAGGAAGACACCAAGGCAGAGUUGAGCUUCUUAGCCUGGAUUUACGCCAAGUUCUUUGGAGAGGGCAGCAGACAGAACAUAGAAAGCAUAGUCAUACCCAAGGGCUGCACCCUGGCCUUCAGGGCCAUCCAGAUGAACAUUAGCAAAGGAGAAUGGGAACUGUCUUAUUUUAAAGAAGAUCCAGCUUCAGUGAAAGGUGUCUCGUUUUUACAGAUCCCAACACCAAAAUUAGGCACAGUGGACAGAGAAGUUAAACAAUACUGUGGGAUUUUCUCCGACUUGCCUUCUGGCCUGCGGGUCAUGUUCUUAAACACCAUCACAGCUGUGAUGAGAGACAGGAAACUCUUUCAAGACCUCAGCCAGAAGAUGGAAGGAUUUCUUGAGAAAACUGAUGGUUAUGAGCUGAAAACUGAAAGCCCUGACUUAAAAGACCUGUUGAGCACGUUAAAGAAUUCUCCAAGAGAUCGUUGUCUUCUGCUGGCAAAGGGAAUAACCUACACCCUCGAUGCUUUGGCUGAGCUACUGGACAAUCAGCUGCCGCUGCUGCUGGAAUCCUUGGAAAGGAAGAUUGUGUCCCAACAGCUGCAGCUGGUUGGAAAACUCUUGGAGCACGAGCUGAAGAAGGUGGAUAGGCCUUUCCGUGUGGACGCCAGCCUGCUCUCCUUCCCACGGCAGGAGGAUCAGGGCUUAACCAUGGCCCUGGUGGAGCUGAGCAGAGUGAAGCUCCAGGAAGAUGGAUCAGCUGUGCCCAUGGAACAGCCCUUCGAGGUGGUGGCCGCCCUGUACGUGGCCCUGUACGCCCUCAACCUCCUCAGUGGCCCCAAGUAG